GCGUUUAUGCCACGCCCAUCUACAUAUGAAUACAAGAACGAGGAAGUGUAGUUGUACAGUGCUGUAACUCUUGCUUACCGAGCAGGUUAAACCGUCAACAUGGCAAAUACAGAUAAAGUUAUCUCCUACAGCGAUCUCAAAUCCCUCAAAGAGAAAAGUAAAGACCUUCUGCUUGUGGAUGUGCGCUCCAAAGAUGAAGUGGACAGAGGACACAUCCCAGGCUCCAUCCAUGUCCCAGUGGAAAAUGUGGAAAAGGAAUUCUCUUUGGAUGAACAUGCUUUUCAAGAGAAAUUCGGUGUCCCCAAGCCCCUUCUGGAUAGCCAUGAACUGGUGUUCCACUGCCAAAUGGGACGGCGUGGAGACACUGCUACAGAGAAAGCCAGAAGCCUCGGCUUCAUCAAUGCACAGAACUAUGCAGGAGGUUACAAGGAAUGGUCAGAGAAGGAAGGCAAAUGAUGCUGCUUCCGCACACAGCUCCAGGACAUCUAAUAGAGUAGUUUUAGUGACAUUUGGACAAUGUUCAUCUCACAGGAUUGUCAACCAUGUGUAGCUCAGUCAAACUGUAUAAUAUAGAUAUUUAUCUAAAAUAUGUGUGUGUGUAUAUAUAUAUAUAUAUAUAUAUAUAUAUAUAUAUAUAUAUAUAUAUAUAUAUAUAUAUACACACACACACACAUACAUACAUAUAUAUAUUUAUAUAUAUACAUAUAUAUAUAUAUAUAUAUAUAUAUAUAUAUAUAUAUAUAUAUAUAUAUAUAUAUAUAUAUAUAUAUAUAUAAACACCCCUAAAUAUAUUUCACUUAUUAGAUCUUUAAAUUUGAAUAACUCAGGAAUUUGUAAUCGUGCAAUUUUAAAAUUUGUACUAUUGUACUAAACCCAUACAAAUGUUCAAAUUAAUUUUUGUAAAAAAAAAAAAAAAAAAAUCAUGGGGUUGAAGACGACCAGUGCCUUUGUUUUUUUUUUGUUGUUUUUUUUGUUUGUUUUUUUUUUGUUUGUAAACUGUAGCGUUAUCUUUUGUAUGUUUUCAUCUGUUUUCCUUCCGCGGUGCGGUUGCUGUUUUGCGCAUGCGCACAAACGUCUAGCCUGUUAAAAUGUAACUUGUAAAAGUAACAAGGGUAUAUGCUGCUUUUCGUGAAGUAGAUUGUUCAUUUAUAUUGUUACAGUGGCCGACAUCAGAAAGAUGGACAUUUACUUUGCUCUGUGUUCUUCUUUCAGGUAAUAACAUGCUUUGACCAUGUCACAAAUCACUUUUUAUUUUAUUUACGAAACUGAACGCUGUUUUACCGUUAAUUCAAUUCACACACGGUUAUGAACGUCACUCCAAAAUGUCAUUUAGUAACUGUUUCCUCUUGUAAGUUGUGUGAAGACUGUGAGAUCAAUUAAACAUGUCCUUCAUGCUGUG